GCUUGCUAUUCGUUUUGAUUGAUGAAUUUAGAGGGACAGUGAGUUAUUGCAAUAGAGAUAUAUCUCUGAAUCAUACUGGAAAUUAGAUUCAGUUCUAUGGAACGGCAUUAGUGGUUUUUACUCCAUUGCGCCGGAGCAUAAAGCCUUGCGCGUACUUGCAAGCUACUUGUUAGCUUAUCGAGAGAAUCAAUCGAGAAUCAAAUCAGCCAACUAGAAACAAAACGUUAUGAAUAAUCAACCGCAUAACGGACCCCCAAACUUCGAUCGAGAUCGAGAUAUGGAAGAACAACUCAGACAACGUGCUUUACAGCAUAAGCAGGAAGAGAUCACGGCGCAGCGCGAGCGCGAGCUUGAGAGGCAAGAAAGAGAUCGACAACACAGAGAACAACAAUAUCAACCAGCACCUCCUCAUCAGAGCAACACCGGUAGCAUACCCUUACAUCAACCUGUUGCGAACCGGGCAACUACAGCAAUGCAUAGUCCAGGAGGGAUUCUUGCUACGCAUGGUACUCCAUUAGGAGCUCCAAGCGGACCUGUGAACGCCUUUGGUGGACCGCUUCAUAAUGAUGCAGCACGCACUUUGCAACAUCAUGCUCAAAACUCCGCGCAGCAACCCCUCCAGCAAUCCAUAUUUGGCUCCGAGCCUAUCUUCAGCCGUGGUUCGGGUGGCCCCCAGUCAAAUGUGCCACUUGGAGUACCAGAUGUUGGCUUUGGCAGGCCACAACUAGUUCCACGAGAGACGACUCAACAGGAAGUAGCAGCCGCAAGGUUGAUGCCAUUCACACCUGUUACACCUGGUCAUCAAAUGCCUGGGCCAGCUGGUCUGACACAAGUUGGGCAACAGCCAAUUCUUAAUGAUGCUCUUAGUUAUCUCGACCAAGUCAAAGUUCAGUUUUCAGAUCAACCUGAUGUUUAUAAUCGGUUUCUUGAUAUCAUGAAAGACUUCAAAAGUCAAGCAAUCGAUACUCCUGGUGUUAUCAAUCGGGUUUCCGAACUCUUUGCAGGUCAUCCAAAUUUGAUUCAAGGCUUCAAUACAUUUCUACCACCUGGAUAUAGAAUUGAGUGCGGUGCCGACAAUAAUCCAAAUACAAUUAGAGUCACGACUCCAAUGGGAACAACUGUUCAAUCAAUUCCUGGAGCUGGUCGUGUACUUGGGGAAACUGUAGUUAGCCACGGCAGCGGCGCAAACGGCUUUUACAAUCCUCAACGUCCAGGAAAUUGGCAGCAACAACCACAACAUAGCAUCGAAAGUCCAGAAGCCGUGUUUAGUCCACCUCACCAGAAUGCUACGGUUCCUUAUGGUCACAAUCAAGCGCAAAUUGGACCAUACGACGCACAAACGCAAGCGCAAGCAGCAGCAGCAGCCGCCGCGGCCGCAGCUCAUCAACAACAACAGCGAGGUGUUUCUCAAUUGACUAACGCUGUCAGUGCAACUUUAGGUCAACCACCGAGAAACACGCAAACCCCAACGCCGGGCGGUAGCUCUGGUAAUCUGAACGGUUCCAGUGCGCAAGCGGGCAUGGAAAAGCGUGGCCCGGUUGAGUUUAAUCAUGCAAUAAGCUAUGUUAACAAAAUUAAGAACCGUUUCCAAGACAAACCCGAAAUUUAUAAACAGUUUCUCGAAAUUCUCCAAACAUACCAACGCGAAUCUAAACCUAUUCAGGACGUUUAUAGUCAGGUAACUACCUUGUUUGGUACGGCGCCAGAUCUUCUUGAAGAUUUCAAACAAUUUCUUCCCGAAUCAGCUGCACAAGCAAAGGCUGCGAAGGAGGCCGCGGAAGAAGCAACGGCAAUGCCAGAUUCUUCUCAAAGUGCUCAACUUGGAAAUAGAGGUCCUACAGGAGAUCCCAAACUCCCAAUUAUGGGAAACUUUCCCAUCCCUGUAUCUACUAAUGGCAAAACAGAAAAAAAGCGCAAGCCUCUCACUCAAGGAACCAAUUCGCAAAUGGGUAAUGGAGGAGAAGGCUCUGUUCGUGGCGCUGGUCAACAACAACCCAACAAGCGAUCGAAAACCCAUCAUAACAGUAAACCACAAGCUGCUGAUGCAGCUGCGGUAUCUCCGACCUUAACGCCAAUCGUACCCGAACCACUUCCUCCUGCAUCGAUGUCUGCCGCGAGUUCUGAAGAAUUGGCUUUCUUCGAUCGCGUGAAGAAAUAUAUUGGCAAUAAGUCCACUAUGAAUGAGUUUUUGAAGCUCUGUAACCUUUUCUCACAAGACUUGAUAGAUCGAAACGUCCUCGUAUUCAAAGUUCACAAUUUCAUUGGUGGAAGUGCGGACCUGAUGAAUUGGUUUAAAGCCUUUGUUAAUUAUGAAGGCGUCGACGAGGUCAUCGAUAAUCGCCCAAAAGCUCCUACAGGAAGAGUUGCGUUGAGUAAUUGUCGAGGCUUGGGGCCAAGUUAUCGCUUGUUACCGAAAAGAGCAACUACAAAAUUUUCAUCCAUCAUUUCCCAGAGAGUGAACAUAUUUGAACGAUUGAAGCCUUGUAGUGGUCGAGAUGAGAUGUGCCAAGCCGUUCUUAACGAUGACUGGGCUUCGCAUCCUACAUGGGCAUCAGAAGAUUCGGGUUUCGUAGCUCAUCGAAAGAAUAUUUUCGAGGAAGGUCUUCACCGCAUCGAAGAAGAACGUCACGAUUACGAUUUCAACAUUGAAUGUAACGCCAAAGUAAUACAACUUCUUGAACCAAUCGCACAGCAGAUCGUUGCCAUGGAUCCAGCUGAGAGACAGAACUUUCGCAUGCCCAAUACUGCUGGUCCAAACCAAGCUAUUUACAAGCGUGUAUUGAAGAAAAUUUAUGGUGCAGAGAAAGGUCCACAAGUCGUUACCGAUCUAAUUCAAGAUCCUUGCGCUGUGUUACCUGUAAUUUUAGCACGACUCAAGCAGAAAGAUGAAGAAUGGACCUUUACUAGACGUGAAUGGAAUCCUGUCUGGGGUGCACAAGGUGGGGUUAUGUACCUGAAAAGUCUUGAUCACAUGGGCAUUCAUGUCAAGCAAGCCGACAAAAAGCAUUUUGCUGCAAAGCAUUUAGUGGAUUCUAUUAAGACCAAACACGAAGAACAACGACGCCUUAGAAGUUCGAGAGGCCCCACGCCGAAAUAUCAGUACUCCUACCAAUUUGCUGAUCAAGAGGUCAUCUGCCAGCUUUUACACAUCAUGAUUGUCUAUGCCUGCAAUGCAAGCCAACACAGUAGUUCCGAGCGUCGACGCAUUUCGGACUUCUUUGAGAAGUUUGUAUCUACAUUCUUUGACUUGCCCGAGGAUCUUGUUGCACUUCACACUGCUGACAUUGAUCGUGGAACUCCUGAUGAUGAUUAUGAAGACAUUGCCCCGGCUGAGCUUUCUAAUGGCCGAGGCAGGCGACCAGUAAAUGGAAAGAAAGCAGACCUACGACGAGGAGUACUUGAUAAAGGUCGCAAUGGCACAAGAGGCCGGGGACAGAAGGAAGACAGCGCUACUGGCAGUAAAGAAUCUACACCGGAUGUUGAUUCUAACAUGGAUGAAGAAGUCAACGAAGCAGCUGACGAUAGAACUAUUACCGAAGUCACUAACGAGCGUUGGGCUGCUGUGCCAGGUGCAGUUGCUGUCCAAGGAACAAAACCUCUUGAAUCUGACGACUUGGAAAUGAAAGCGGAUCAACCAUUUCAACGUGAUUGGUAUAAUCUGUACUGCAACCAAACCAUUUUUGUAUUCUUCAGCGUUUUCCAAACUCUUUAUCAAAGACUCAAGGACAUUAAAGAUGCAGAGAGCUCUGCCAGAGCAGAAAUGGAACGUGCAAAGAGUGGCAAACCUGCAAAACAAAUUGGUUUGCUAAGCGACAGAACGGAUGAUUUUACUAGUAUCGAAGAUGGCGAGUCUUGCUUCUCAAAAGUCCUGAGCAUUGUCGAAAAAUUUAUCAAAAGCGAAUAUGAUGACACUAAAUACCAAGACUACCUCCGACGUUACUACUUGCAGACGGGAUGGAAGAUAUACACCAUAAGCGACCUUCUUAAGACUCUUUGUCGCCUUGGCUCCACCUGCUCAUCUCCCGAUGCCAAGGAGAAGACUCCGGAUCUCAUUGAACAAUUUUUACGCAACAGAGAGUCGAAAGAAACAUCUUAUAAUAUUGAGAUUAAUUUACGGAAACAAGCCGAUAAAUACAUCAAAGAUUCAGAAUUAUUCUUGAUCAGAUGGUACCCCAAAAAGAAUGAAGCGACAUCACAGUGGGUCCAUCGAGACGAAACUACAUUCGAUCUUGAUAUAAUGCAACGAAAAGAGCGUUGGCAAUAUUAUACAUCUUCUUAUGUCCGUAUUGAACCGACCGAAGGCGUGCCCCGUAGACUUCUUCGCAAGAGCCUCCUUACCCGCAAUUUACCAUCAGGAGAUACAGAUUCUGAAGAUGGUUCUAAUCAACGUAAACCUCUUGUUUGGGGCGAGGAUCUAACACUCAGAAUCUGCGUCAAUAGUUACAAGAUCAUCUACAAGGAACCCGGCGUGGAAUAUUUCAUUUAUGCCGAUAAAGCUCUAGGCGGUGGUGAAGAAGGUGAGACUAGACAAAGGUUGAAGAAGGUUGAGGAAUCAAGAAAUCAAAGAUUUCAUGAGAAAUUUGGAAUGAAUAAUCGAUGGAUGAAGGAAAAGAGCCACGAAGAAGUUAGUAGGAUCAAUCAAGAAUUUAGAAAAUGGGUCAAUGAGGGUGUUCUUCCCUCAACACAGGCUGCUGGCAGUGGCAAUGUCGUUUCUGGGGCUACAUCAGCAGCACCUACUGCGUCAACGGCCACAGCAGCCGUUGAUAACGAGGUAGAUAUGGCUGAUUAAGUUCAGAAGGCAUUUGUUUUUCAAAGAUGGGGCUGGAUAUGGGAGGAGUUUGGGAAUGGGUUUCGUAACGACAUUCUCUUUUCAGUUUUUUAUUUUUUCGUUCCUUUGGUAAAUCUCAAAGAGCUUGAAAUUCUUCAAUCACGUGGCUGUCAUGGAUUCAUUUGCGAAAGGUGGCAUGGAAUCUACAAACGGACUGAGGUAUUGGACUUACUAAGGUAUCUAGUAGUCUCUCUCGCUUCUAUUUUUAGGUAGUAAAAACUGGGUGACUUGGGUAGGGUGUGUUUUAUAUGCUGUAUGAUAGAUAAUUAAAGUCUUGAACGGA